AUGGAAGGGCAGGGUGGUGGGGUAAUGCAUAGCAUUUUUCUCUCCUUCCCCCUCUUUCCAUCCUUUCCUCUCCCCUCUCCCUCCUUUCCCCUGGCUAGUUACCGCCUUACAUGGAAGGGCAGGGUGGUGGGCAGCGGUGGGGGGCGAGAGCAAGGCGGAAGGGGAGAGGGGAGCAGCAGUGGUGGUGGUGAUAUGCAGAUGAAUGCGAGGAGGGUGGCGGGCAUGGGUCUAUUAAUUCCCCUUGCCAGCUACCGCCUUACAUGGAAAGGCAGGGUGGUGGGCGGCGGCGGGGGGAGAGAGAGAGGAAGAGAGGGGGGAGGGGGCAGUGGUGGUGGAGGGAUGCAGAUGAAUGCGAGGAGGGUGGUGGGAAUGGGGAUAUCAGUCAACGUCAGCACCCCUCCCAUGCACUCUCCGCAUCUCAGUGCCACUGCCCGGCUCACACACCCUCCUCACAUUGCUGAAGCCACAUCUGGUGAUGAUACUGUUGCGGGGGGCGGUGAUUUUUGUCCUGAUGCUGCUGUGGAGUCUGACGCGUUUCCAGUGCAUGGCGAGGGCCCGUUUAGACUGGAGGUUGCGUGGGUCAAGGCUGUCAGGGAUGGUGCUUGA